GACGUGAUUGGCUGCACGCAUUCGGUAUAAUGUGCGCGCGGGGCCAGCAGCUCUGCGCUCUCUCUUCAGCACCGCUGAUUGUGAUUGACAGUGCCAUGUCCACCUCGAGGAGCCCCUUCGGUCCCGGGGCAGGCGCUCCGUGCCAGCCCUCCUCCUCAGUCGAGAGCAGCGGCUAUUUAGAGCCCGAUCCGGACUCGGGACUCCUCUUGCCGGUGACACGGUCCUCCCUGCUGACCCGCCGUCUCCUGCGUUUGCGGGCCCGCGGGAGCAGCCCCGUCGCGCGCCGCACGAGGGAGAUGAUCCCCACGGAGCAGAAAGAUUCCGCCUACUGGGAUAAGCGACUGAAGAACAACGAGGCGGCCAAGCGGUCCCGGGACAAGAGGAGGCUGAGCGACCUGGAGCUGGAGGGUCAGCUGCUGGCGCUGAGCGACGAGAACAAGCAGCUGCGCGCUCAGGUGCUCAACCUGUGCGCGGAAAGGAGCGACGCGUUCGCGACUUCCACGGCACCGGGUUCUACUUUGCCCCGAUCACCUCGACCGGUUCACUCCCCGGCUGCCCUCUUCCAGACGCCACUCUGGGGAAGCGGCAGUCCGGCUUCCGUCCUGGGCGCGAGGCAACGGGAGUCCGCCAUCCACCCGUUCGAGGCCAAGAUCCCCAGAGGCGUUGGUGGUUUUCCGCCACACGGUUAUCACACCUGUGGAGCGCAGCGAGGCGGCUCCCUCCUCCGCGGGCCCCGCAGCCUCUCUCCCAGAGCAGCGUUGGAGGCCGGGAGGUUAGCGGAGACGGAUGCACAGCGACAGGUCUCCUCCAGCGAUGACGUCCGCAGCUCCAGCGAGGCGAUCCCGCACACGCCUGACGCGCUGCGCCACGCGGCCCUCCUGUCACAUCGGAGUUGGCCGAGUCGCUCCGCAGCACUGAUGUGCAAUAACUUCCUGCUGCCUUGGCGGCCAUUCUAUCUGGCCCCAGCGGCCGUCUACCCCGACCUGCCUCUCUACAUGCGGGAGAGACACGGCCUGGGUCUCGGCGUGCGGGCGGACACUCAGGGGGGGUUCAAGAGCCCUGCCCCGGCGGGGCCGUCUCCCCUCGGGAUGCACCUCAGUCCUGAUGGACACUGAGUUUAUUACAGAAGCCCACUGUGUAUGUUGACGCUGUAAUGACACUUUAAAACAAGUGUCAUUACAGCUGUCUAAUGCAAAAGAGCCUUUAGAAUUUAAUAACAAUUGGGUCUAAAGAGCUCAAUAUUGUUCAAUUACUUGGUGAUUACAGUGGGCUCAAGCUGUAGCAUAAUAUACAGAAUAUGAUGUGUAUUUAUAAUAUACUCUGUGUGGAUUGACUGUUUGACUUUCUGUGGUUUCGAAGGUGUUUCUAUUUUAUUUGUUUUACUUUGAUUAAUAACAGGUCUCUCUUUUUUGUGUGAUGAUUAGGUAUAGAGACAUAUUGGCUAGUGGGGUUAAGAUUAUUUUGUGAUUUUUAUUUUGUAUUUGUUUUACCGUUUAUCUGCAGUGAAUAACAUCGCAAGCGAAACUAUAGGUGCUUGGUAUUUCCCUUGAUCCGACCUGCGUGCAUAGGCGGUCUUAACAUGGAGGCAUAGGUAGGCUGCUGCUUGGGGUCCCCUACCAGUGGUCGUAGUAGGGGGGCCCCCAACCAACCUCAAAAAGAAAAAAAGCCCAAAACGCUUCAAAAGCAUGGUCAAUUGUAUUAAUAUUCUUAAGAAAUACGUUGAAGUAGUAGUUAAAAUGUCCAGUUCAUGGUUAUCUGUUGUGUCCCUACACCCCCUACUUUCACAAUUAAAUGAACUAGUCCGUAACGUGCGCGGCGCGAAAGAUAAACACACAGUGACAGGAGGACUGGAAGUUACACAGAGACAAUUCAGAAGACAAAAAUAAAAGCAAAAAUUAAGAGAGAAUUGGAAGGGACAGACACAAAAGAGAGAAGGUAAUCAUUUAACAAUACAAAAAAUCAUAUUUCUUAAUCCCAACGAUGGACUGCUGUUGUUUUUUUGUUAUCCUCCCAGUUCACGAUAUAAGAAAGAAGCACAUUUUGUUCAUAGACCAUAUUGUUAGUUGGUGACAAUGUUUUUUAUUAUUACUAUCAUUAUUAUUUUACAAGUACAGCUCCUACAUCUGCGCAUCAUGUUGGUGUGAAGACCUGUAAGAAAAUGUCAAAAAGUAGGAGUCUGUGUCAGAAGCGUGUGAUGUGGAGAACACACACGCACACGCACACGCACACGCACACGCACACGCACACGCACACACGCAUUUUGGCAAAGACCGGUGUUAUCUGAAACUUUAUUCUCUGUUCGGUUCCAUCGUGACUAUUAGUUUGUGUAGUGCUACACUUCUCUGCUUUCCAUCUUCAUUUUGGAGUAAAGAAGUGUAUGCAGGGUUUAAAAGGGGAAGGUUUUUUUUUCUCCAACCUUUUUUCGUCCUCUUUUAAAGAUCGGAUGGGGGGGGCCCCAUACAUACCUUUCGCCUUGGGCCCCCAAUUUGCUAAAUCCGUCACUGCCUGCGUGACUACCCAGCAGCCCGUGAUUCAAUGGUGAACCAUUAAAAGUUGAUCCACCACAAUGAUCCAAAAUAAAAGUAA